AAAUGAUCCUACCAGCAUUACUCACUUCUGCCGGUUUCAAUAUUGUGAUAUGCGUGGGGUUUAUGUCACUAUAUUCGAUAUUGAGGAAGCAACCCAUUAAUUUGAAAGUGUAUUUCGGGCAGAGGCUAGCUCAAUUGCAGCCGGGCCAAAAGAAUCAUUAUUUCUUUGAUAGACUUAUCCCCUCUGCUGGAUGGUUAGUCAAGGCUUGGGAAGCAACAGAUGAUGAUAUCUAUACUUGCGGGGGUUUAGAUGGACUUGUAUUCAUCAGAAUGAUUGUUUUCUGCAUACGCAUUUUUUCUGUUGCUGCUGUUCUUUGCAUAUUUAUUGUGCUUCCUGUUAAUUUGUUUGGGCAAGGUGUAGAACAGAGGACUCCAGAGUCACAAAUGGACAUAUUCACUAUUGCAAAUGUUCAAGAAGGAUCAACAGGGCUAUGGGCUCACUUCUUCGCCCUGUAUAUGAUAUCUAUAUGUGCUUAUGCUCUUCUAUACAUUGAGUUCAAGAAUGUCGCAAGGAUGAGGCUAGAGCAAGUAAUCAGGUAUCCAACAAAGCCAAGCCAUUUCACAGUUCUUGUUCGGGGUAUCCCAUGGGCUGAAGGAGAAUCAUAUAGUGAAGCUGUCAAAAAGCACUUCAGCGAUUAUUAUAAUUCAAGCUACCUUGCACACCAAAUGGUUUAUCGAUCUGGUGCAGUUCAGAGAUUAAUGAUGGAAACAGAGAAGAUGUAUAAGGUGCUCACAGAGACUCCUAUAAAUGAAUAUGUCCAACCAAUUACUCAACCAAUUACAGUGGGGUGUAGCCAUAUUGGAGGGAUACCGGUUCCUUUUAAAACGCCAGAAGGUUCUACCAAAAAACGUAAACAUGAUGAUAAACAAGACAUGAAAGAUCAGGAAGUCGCAGCUGCAUUUGUAUUUUUUAGGACCCGAUACGCUGCUAUGGUGGCUUCACACUCCAUCCAAUCAAAAGAUCCUAUGUUAUGGGUCAUAGACUUUGCACCAGAACCACAUGAUGUUUUCUGGGCAAAUCUUUGUGUUCCUCAUAGAUUGCUUUGGAUCCGUAAAACAUUAGUUUUUAUUGGCUCUAUUCUCUUUAGCCUGUGGUUUCUCUUGCCUACGACAUUAGUUCAAGGUCUCGUCAAUAUCGAAAAGCUAGAGAACAUGUUCCCAGUCCUCAGGGGGAUAUCAGAAACACAGUACGCAAAUAUUAUUUCGGGGUACCUACCGAGUCUGGUACUGAUGUGUUUUGUUCUACUCGUUCCGCCUGUGAUGAUGAUGUUUGCUACACUCGAAGGAGCUGUGUCUCGCAGUGGGAGGAAAAAGAGUGCUUGUUGCAAAGCUAUAAUAUUCUUCUUUUGGAAUAUCUUCUUCUACAACCUUUUUACAGGAACUUGGUGGGAUCGUAUGAGUAAACUUACUGUUACCGGUCUCAAAGAUAUGGCUACCCUACUUGGAAACUUGAUUCCAGGCCAGGCACCCUUCUUUAUGACUUACAUUAUGACUUCAGGUUGGGCAAGUUUGGCGUAUGAACUGAUGCAACCAUUUGUACUUAUUGUUAAUUGGAUCUUUCAAGUCAUUUUAAUGCGGAAAGAAGGCUUUGGUGAUCUCUACACUUUCCCAUACCACACUGAAGUUCCAAGGGUUCUUUUAUUUAGUCUCCUUGGAUUCACAUUCUCCAUUUUAGCACCCUUGAUAUUACCUUUCCUGCUUGUCUACUAUUUCUUCGCCUAUUUUGUAUACAGAAAUCAGAUGCUGAAUGUAUAUAUUACGAGAUACAAUACAAAUGGAAGUUAUUGGCCUGUUGCACAUAAUGCUGCAAUUUUUGGUUUAAUAGUGAUGCAAAGUGUAGCUUCAAUAAUCUUUGGAAUGAAAAACUUUGGAACUGGAUCGUCACUGGCAUUCAUAUUGAUCAUUUUCACGUCGCUUUUCAACCUAUAUUGCCGCCAUAAGUUCUUACCACUUUUUUCAAAUAAAGCUGCACAGGAUCUUAUUGAGAUGGACCGACAUGAUGAGCAUUCUGGAAAGCUUGAAGAGAUUCUUUCUCGAUUAUUAUCAUCAUAUAAUAAGUUUGGACCACGCUCUGGUAAUCAUCCGAAUGAUCUACUAUCAGCCGAGUACAAAGUCACAGGAAGUAAAGACUCAGAAACAAGCCGAAAACGCUGA